AGGUCUCUAGAAGUCUUUACGGUUGGCAGUAUGUAUUUCAUUUCAUUUUUUUCAUAUAUUCUUCAGAUUACCAUAGACAAAUACAAAAGUUGCUUAAUCUGCAGUCAUGUCAUUAAAUCCACAGAUUACAGAAAUCAUGAUGUCCAGCCAUAAUCCAUCUUUGCUGUGAAUGUGAAUGCGUUUCCUUUCCUUCCCAAAAAGUGAGGUUUAUCCCUAUUUAUAGAUUUUGUAUAAGUUUUGGUGUGUUAUAGUUUUCCGUUUGUGAUAAUUCGUAAAAAACUUAAGGAGAAGAUGUCUUCAGGAAGACCAAUCAAGUGCGUGGUUGUCGGUGAUGGCACUGUCGGAAAGACGUGCAUGCUUAUAUCGUACACGACAGACAGUUUUCCUGGUGAAUAUGUACCCACAGUAUUUGACAACUAUUCAGCACCAAUGGUGGUGGACGGAGUAGCAGUCUCUCUAGGCCUGUGGGACACAGCGGGGCAGGAGGAUUAUGACAGACUUAGGCCUUUAAGCUACCCACAGACUGAUGUCUUCCUCAUAUGCUUUAGUGUCACAAGUCCGUCAUCAUACGAAAAUGUUACUUCCAAAUGGUAUCCAGAAAUUAAACACCACUGCCCGGAUGCACCUAUUAUUUUAGUUGGUACAAAGAUCGACUUGCGAGAUGACCGCGAGACGCUUAGCCUGCUGUCCGAGCAGGGCAUGUCACCACUGAAGCGAGAACAGGGACAGAAGCUGGCAAACAAAAUUAGGGCCGUCAAGUACAUGGAGUGCUCGGCGCUAACACAACGCGGGCUCAAACAGGUGUUCGACGAGGCCGUGCGCGCGGUCCUGCGGCCGGAACCUCAGAAGAGGCAUCAGCGGAAGUGUCUGAUCAUGUAAAUAUGCUGUGACAGCAUCAGUGCUGUGACGUGACAGCAGUUGAAUCUCCAACAGUAAUAAUCUGUUUCUACACCGGUCACUUGCUCACCAUCCGU